AUGGACAAAUGGAAGAAGAAUGAAGUACACAGACAGACACAUACAUACACAUGCACACAGACAGAGACAUACACACCUGUAUAUAUAUAUAUAUAUAUAUACAUCCACAUGCACACAUACACACAUAGAUACAGACAUAAUCAGACAUACACACACAUGCACAUACAUACACAUGAACACAUGUGGCUACACACAUAUAUGCACAUAUAUCACAUACAUACGCAUGCAUCACAUACUCAAUGUAUACACGCAUUCACACGUAUAUCACAUACACACGUAUACACACUUACGCACAUACAUCACGUGCACACGUAUAUAAGUAUGCAAACAUGCAUACACACAUACACACUUAUAUACAUACACUACACGUACACGCGUAUACACAUACACAGACAUACACACAUGCAUACAAAUAUGCUUAAAUGCUAUGUUAUGCUAGAAAUAAUAGGAAAAUACUAUAGUAUUAUAAAUAUAAACGGUAUAAAUAAAUAA